UUGCAGGGAAAAGGAGAUGGUUUGCAUCUUGAAAGAAGUGGUCUUCCUGACAACUGGGACGAUGCAGAGGGUUAUGACAGCUAUCGAUUUGGAGAAAUAUUUUACAGUAGGUAUGAAGUUACUGCAGCCCAUGGGAAAGGUGUUUUUUCGACAGUAGUUCGUGCAAAGGACCUCAAGGCUGGGAAGGGUGAUCCUGAAGAGGUGGCUAUAAAAAUCAUACGCAAUAAUGACACUAUGUACAAGGCAGGUUUAGAAGAGCUGAUAAUAUUGAAGAAAUUAGCUAGUGCAGAUCCUGAGAAUAGAUGCCAUUCUGUUCGAUUUUUCUCAAGUUUCAAGUACCGAAAUCAUCUUUGUUUGGUUUUUGAAUCUCCUCAUAUGAAUCCUUGUGAGGUACUAAAGAAGUUUGGUUGUAAUAUUGGCCUUAAUCUGGGAACUAUAAGAGAAUAUGCCAAACAGCUUUUUAUUGCAUUAAAGCAUCUGCGGAACUGUGGAGUCCUGCAUUGUGACAUAAAGCCAGAUAAUAUGCUGGUAAAUGAGACAAAAAAUGUGUUGAAGCUUUGUGAUUUAGGUAAUGCCAUCUUUGCCGGAAAAAAUGAGAUCACGCCAUAUCUUGUGAGCCGCUUUUACCGAGCUCCUGAAAUAAUUCUUGGCUUGCCAUAUGAUCAUCGCAUGGAUAUAUGGUCUGUUGGUUGCUGUUUAUAUGAGCUUUAUUUGGGGAAAGUCCUUUUUCCAGGCCCAUCAAACAAUGACAUGUUGCGUCUCCACAUGGAGUUGAAAGGAUCUUUUCCAAAGAAGAUGCUCCGCAAAGGUGGAUUUACCAGUCAGCAUUUUGACCAGGAUGUGAAUUUUCAAGCUACUGAAGAAGAUCCUGUUACAAAGAAGACUGUGACGAUGCUGCUUCUCAAUAUUAAGCAAAAAGACAUUGGUUCCUUAAUUACAAGCUCCCUUGGUGAGGAUCCGAAGAUGUUGGUGAAUUUCAAAGAUCUUCUAGAAAAAAUAUUUGUCUUAGAUCCAGAGAAGAGAAUGACGGUAUCUCAAGCAUUGAGGCAUUCAUUCAUCACAGGCAAGUGACCAAAGAUGCUGAUUUUAUGACCCCAGAAAUGCUGUUGAGCUAGAUACAUGUACAUUAUGAUCUCAAUUUAUUUUUAUCUCUCUAAUCAUUGGGCAUUUCUCUGUCUUUAUCUCUCUGUGAUUGCCUAAGAGGAUCGACACAGAGUUAUUGGCGUGGAUGAAAUGCGAAGAAGAUGAUGUUUGGUCUAAAGACCUUCCUACAUGACGGUUCUUUCAGUGGGAUGGGUUCUGU